UUUACUAAAUCAAACUGACAGCGUUUCAAAAAAGUGAAAUUCCAGAUUUGUUGUUACCUAAGUGUGCAUAUUUUUAAUCUUUAGAUUUUUUAAUCUCAUCUUUUUUAAUUAUUACUUUUUAUGGAUCUCUAUUUUUUUAAGUUUUUAUGUAUUUUUAUCAGAAAUGCAAUUUUAAGAAACGUGAAGUUGAUAUUAUAGUCACUUUACCUACUAGCUAAUAAAAUAAAAAGAGGGCCCUUUAAAAAAAAUCAUCAUUAUUUAGAAACAUUCCUUCUAAAUCCAUGUUCCUUAUAAAUAAAAAAGAAAAAAUAUUUUAAUAGCAACAAACAAACCUAACCUUGUACUUUUACUGUAAUUCUAUAGAUAUUUUUUUUGUUCGCUGAAACUGUAGGUACAGCACUCUUCCGUUAGCAAAACUUUUCAUGCAGUGUUAUAUGAAAUAUAAAUAUAUAAAUAACAUAUGAUAGAUGUAAAAUUGUUAAUCUUAUAGAAGCUGAAAGACAUCUAUAUAAUCGCAAUUGUGUUAGUGCUCCUGAUGAUCGAUGCUGUUUUUUUUCUUCUUUGGAUGUAUGUCUCACCAUUUGAAACCAGCAAAGUCGAAGUAUCUCGAGAGUUACUGGUAAAAGAUGACAUUCUGAAAAAAACAGUUCAAUUCCAAUGCACAUGCGAGCACAGAAAUGUUUUCUUUAUUUCACUUUUUGGUUUAAAGAUUCUGCUGCUUUUAUUUGGUAUUUUUAUUGCAUGGAUGACAAGAAAUGUUACAAUUCCAGUACUGAAUGAUUCUCGAUAUAUAGGUAUUGCCAUAUAUGUAGUCACUUUGACAGCUUUACUGGGAAGCAUUGCUUCAAUAGCUCUACACAGUAUCAAUCAUUUUGAUGGAGGUUACAUUGUCAUUGCAGCUACUGUAAUCAUUAUUACCACCGUCACAAUGAGUGUUGUGUUAUUGCCAAAGAUCAUGCUGCUGCUAACAAGGGAUCAUUUAGCCCGACGUUUGACCACGACCAGUAGUUCUAUAUGCAUACCUAAUUCCGCCAUCUUUCAAAAUUAUGAACGAAGAAAAUCUAUUGAUGGAAACUUACAAAGUGUCGACUCACUAGGCAAUAAUAAAAGUUCGACAAAAGACGCCGUAAAACGCAGAUCAGAUAGUGAGGUGUUUGCGUAGCCCGUCAUAGGAUUUAAAAUUAAUAUGUAAGUGGGACAAAUGAAACUUUAAGAAAGAAGAGAAAAGAGAAGAAGAAACAUAUAAGCACAUAUAAACGUCAGGGCAUAUAUUCUCACUUAUAUAAAGUUGGCUUUAAUGUAUAAACAGUUUGUUGAGGUUAAGCUGCACUGAGAAACAAACGACUUUUACAAUGGGUCAGAAACUUCUGAGUACAUUUUUGCACCGACUCACGACAGCUGGGGGGGAACGUUUUCGGGCUCGUCUCCUGCAAAUGUAUCACCGUUAUAAGCUCAAGCUGAUCCAGUACUUUAAUUUGCUAUUCGCGAAAACGAUUGUGAUUCCAUCAUGAAAUCCAAUAACAUUAUUGAGGUCGGUAAAGCAUCUGGUCUUAGAGCACGUCUUCGUCGUUGUAGCUUGCUGCAUUUAUAUGUUCAUUUCCCACAAUACUUGCGUAUUUUUCUAUUUUGUAUUUGUGAUGAACCAUAGGGUGUAAAUAUUAUAUAUUUUUAACAUGUGUAAAUAUUUUUGAUGCAGCAUAAAAUAUUUUAUUCAAUAAAGUUACACAAUUUUAGCAAAACCCUUGUAUUUGAACAUUUCGCAACACAUCCCAGCAACUCUAAAGCCGAAAUCUACUUCAAUUUUAACACGUCCGUUCAAAUCGCGCACAUUAAAGCGCGCAAUAUUUAAGAGUGAUUUUUCUGCGCUGUUUGUUUUAAAAAUUAAAAUCAAUUUGAAGUUUUUGUGAAAGCUGAUAACGUAAUUUAAUGAUUUCGACCAAUAAGUUUGCUUCAAUCGCCACUUUUUUUAUUUAAAACGCUUGUUUCCGUGUCUAGGGACUAGGUUAAAAUUUAAGCAGUGGUUGCUAAGAAUGUUGCUACGAGGCAGAAUAUAUGGGCAACAAUAUAUAUUAGAGAAAAACUUGCAACCAUAAAGCCAUUCCCGAAAGCAGAGUCAAUGUUAAACUGCGCAAAAAAGGUACAAAUAAAUCCCGUUAAGACAAUUUCGGUAAGACAAAAAUUUAAAAAAAAUGUAUUGUACUUGUAGAAAUUGUAGGAAAACUGUCAAUAACAGUGAUCAACGACAGUUGAUCUUUUCGUAGCUAAUCUUUCGAAACAAUUUUUUUUUUUUUACUGUUUCUCUCCUUUCCCUAAUUAAGGCAUUUGUUUGUAAAUCUCUUCAAAAUUUGAAGCAAAUAAACAAACAAGCAAACUUCUACAUACUGCUGCAACAGGUUCGACGGGUAAUCCUUUCCACGUUUAUCAACCAGACGCUGCAACUUUUUUAUUUCUUUGCAUCGCUUUUCUUCUCUUUCCUACCUUGCGCGUCACACACAGCCUAAAGAUAAGUUGUUAUCUCUUUUAUUAUAUCUAUGUAACAACAUAAAUAAGGCUAAAAUACUUCAUGUGUAUGCAUCUUCUCCGCCGCUCCUUUAUCGGUUGCCAGCACCACCGUUACAACUGUCACCACCGUCAAGCCCAACACACCUGCUACUGGCGUAUGCUACAAUACCACCAUAUCCGUCACCACCACUACUACAAUGGCCGCCACCACUGGUACAACCAAGGAGGUUCAAAGAGUGAAGAAAUAAUCUUCCGUUUAUUCUUCAUGAUUCUUACAAAGCAUGUUCUUUAUGAGACCUAACGAUGUACAAUUUCGUGCGUGGUACCAUCCAUCCUGUAUUCUUUCUCCUCUUUGACUCUUUAAUUUUGUAAUUACCGCACAUUCACACGCAUCAAAACUUUUAGACUUAGCCUAUGAGGAAUUUUUUAGCAGGAUAUUAAAAACACGUUUGACUAGAUAUAACUUAAUAAAUUCGAUUGAAAUUUAAAUUGGUAUUGAAAACUGGUAUUUUAAAUAGUAACGAGUUCAAACAUAACCAAAUUUAUGACUUUAAAAGGCUUUUCGUCUCGAUGACGUGUAUAGUGUAUAGGCAGUGGCAG